AUGGGCUCUAACUACCCUCGGAAUGUGCGCUGCUGCCUGCCCUGGUGGGUCUUGGCAGUGGAGGCAGUUCUCGUUGUCCUCUUCUUCUUCUUCACCUCCUAUGACCCCUCUCCAAAGGAUCAGAAGAUGCUCUUAGGUGCCUAUCAAGCCCUCCAGGAUCUGACCAUCAUCGCAGCCCUUGGCUUCGGCUUCCUCACGUCCUAUUUGCGGAGACACAGCUGGAGCAGUGUGGCCUUCAACCUCUUCAUGCUGGCCCUUGGCGUGCAGUGGGCAGUCCUGCUGGAUGGCUUCCUGAGCCAGCUCUUGCCCGGGAAGGUGGUCAUCAACCUGUUCAGUGUUCGGCUGGCCACCAUGAGUGCCAUGUCAGUGCUGAUCUCGGCGGGCGCCGUCCUGGGGAGGGCCAACUUGGCACAGCUGUCCGUGAUGGUGCUGGUGGAGGUGACAGCUUUUGGCACCAUGAAGUUGACCCACAAGGAACUCUUCAAUAUGGACGACCACCGAAGCAUGAUGCACAUCCAUGUGUUUGCAGCCUAUUUUGGGCUGGCCGUGGCCCGGUGCCUCUCGGGGUCUCUUCCCAAGGAGAAGAAAGUGCAGGCAGAGAAUAUAGAGCCGGUCACACACCCCAGUCUGUUUUCCAUGCUGGGGACUCUCUUCUUGUGGAUGUUUUGGCCAAGUUUCAACUCCGCGCUGCUGGACAUUGCAAAUGAAAAAAAGAAUGCUGUGUUCAACACCUACUAUGCCCUUGCGGUCAGCACAGUCACAGCCACUUCAGUGUCAGCCUUGAAUCACCGUGAAGGGAAGAUCAACAUGAUUGAUAUUCACAAUGCAGUCCUGGCUGGAGGUGUGGCUGUGGGGGCCUCCUGUCACCUGAUUUCCACGCCUUGGAUUGCUAUGGUGCUGGGCCUUCUGGCUGGGUUGAUCUCCAUCGGGGGAGCCAGAUGCCUGUCGAUGUGCCUUAACAGUGUGCUGGGGAUCCAGGACCACAGCGGCGUGCACUACACUUUUGCCUUUCCAGGUCUGCUGGGAGGGUUUGCUUACAUUGUGCUGACAGUGCUUACGAGCUCCGGAAUCGCUGGGGGAAUGACUGGCUACAUGAUGCUCAUGGACAUUGGCGCUCUCAGCUUCGCGAUGGCAAUGGGUAUGGGCUCUGGUUUCCUAACAGGUUUGCUCCUAAAGCUCAAAAUAUGGAGAGCACCUCAGAUGGUUAAGCAUUUUGAUGAUCAAGCUUUCUGGGAGUUUCCUCACUUGGCUGUUGGAUAUUAAGCAAAAGCAUCCAAAAAUAACAAGACUACUAC